GCUGCCACACAUCACAGAGGUUGGUUGCUUGUUUUCAACUGAUGACUGAUAGUACUGAGGAUUCAGAUAGUCUACCUGAAAAUUAAUCUAACACUUAGCCUGUACACAUUUGAAAUAUUAUAAAAGCACGGCUGUUUCUGGAACUUCACAAAAUCUUCCUCUGAGAUUCUGAAGGCAACAGCUUGAAAACCAAGGUUCAUCAUGGCAAUGCUGAGAAGUUUUCUGCUUCUUUUUGUCAUCUUCUCCAUGGGGAAUGCGGGAGCUGAUUUAGCCAAAACAUGCCCUGUUGGAUGGACAAAUUUUGGACUCAGAUGCUACAAGUACAUCUCUCAGCCGGCUAACUGGAUCACAGCAGAGAGAAACUGUCAAAGUCUUGGUGCGAAUCUCGCAUCUGUGCGUAAUAAAAUGGAAAAAAAUUUCCUGCUGAGUCUGUUGCCUACUCCUUCCACAUAUUCUUGGGUCGGUGCUCAUGAUGGUGUACAAGAAGGACAGUGGUUGUGGAGUGAUGGAACUUCAUUUUUAUAUACCAACUGGUGCCCUGGAGAACCUAACAAUUUCCAAACCGAGAACUGUUUGGAGAUCAACCGAUCCUGUAAGAAUGCAGUCUGUUUUUUGAAUACUUUCAAUUAUAAUUUACAAUACUAUAAUUUCAUAUCAUACCUUAACAUGAAAUUACUCAUUUGGAUUUUUGCCUUAAGUUGA